AUGGUCAAUUGGGUGCGAAUGAUGAAGAAGAUUCAACUGAUGAGGAUGGUACAAAUGAUGAAGAACCAAGAGAUAAUGGAACGCGAGCACUGUCAUCACAAUGAGAAUAUGAUGAUGAGGAGAUUUGCAAUUCAUGACAUGGAGUUUGCAACAAACAUAGAGGACGACGCGAUUCCAGUAGAAUGUGUUGAUCGGCAUGGCGGCUAUGAUGACUGUUAUGAGGAAGCAUUGCUUGCAGCUGAUUGUAUCAUGAUCAUGAUAGAUGUGACGAAUUUGCAGAGUUUUGAAAGAUUGGAAUUCUGGAUUAAUACAAUAUACAGGAUAGCUGGUAUUAGUUUCAAUCCCAUUGUUAUCGUUGGAAACAAGGUUGACUCGAAUGAAAGAAUUGUAGAACCACAUAUGGUUGCGGCGCGUUCUACCCUACAAUAUUAUGAAGUUUCGGCUCUAGCAAACCAUAACUAUGAACAACCAUUUGUAUACCUCCUUCAACAAUAUUGGAGACUCGAUCUUCAGCUUGAGGUAGCCCUUCGGCUUGCUAAUCCACAGGCUCAGAUUGUCCCGGUAGCACCAGCAGCAGCACCACCAGCACUGUAA